CUCUCACUCACUCUUAAACUGUAUAAAUACCUUGAACUAAAAUCAAUUUCCCCAUACAUCUCACCACCACUCUCUAAAAAAGAACAUUUUUUUCCCUCUCCCUCCCUCUAAUAAUCCAUUGAAUCUGGCUUAAGGAUAUGGGUUCUGCAGCAGUUGAGGAUAUGAUAGAGGCUUCUUCUGGGGUGCAUUUUUCUGGGUUCCACAUGGAUGGUUUGGAUUCUAGACAUAUCAAGAAGCCUAUGAUUUCACCGGCUACUGAAAAUAUGCAUAAUCAACCUUUUCUUAUCGGAGUUGCUGGUGGAGCAGCGUCCGGUAAGACUACAGUCUGUGAUAUGAUUAUUCAGCAACUUCAUGAUCAACGUGUGGUAUUAGUUAAUCAGGAUUCCUUUUAUCACAAACUCACUGAAGAGGAACUUGCUAGAGUUCAUGAAUACAACUUUGACCAUCCUGAUGCAUUUGACACAGAGAAAUUAUUAGAUUCUAUAGAUAACUUAAGGCAUGGCCGAGCAGUAGAUAUUCCAAAAUAUGAUUUCAAAAGUUAUAAGCAUGAUGUUUUUCCUGUAAGAAGGGUUAAUCCUUCAGAUGUUAUAAUUUUGGAAGGGAUGCUUAUUUUCCAUGAUCCCCGCGUCCGAGAGUUGAUGAACAUGAAAAUAUUUGUUGAUACAGAUGCUGAUGUGCGACUGGCAAGAAGAAUAAGGCGUGAUACUGUUGGGAAGAGCAGAGAUAUUGGUGCUGUCCUUGAUCAGUAUUCAAAAUUUGUGAAGCCAGCUUUUGAUGAUUUUAUACUUCCAACAAAGAAAUAUGCAGAUAUCAUCAUUCCCCGAGGAGGAGAUAAUCAUGUAGCAAUUGAUUUGAUUGUACAACAUAUUAGGACGAAGCUUGGCCAGCAUGAUCUCUGUAAAAUCUACCCGAAUCUAUAUGUCAUUCAAUCAACCUUUCAGAUACGAGGCAUGCAUACCCUUAUUCGUGACUCUCAAACAACGAAACAUGACUUUGUUUUUUACGCUGAUCGACUGAUUCGUCUGGUUGUUGAACAUGGGCUGGGACAUCUGCCAUUUACAGAGAAGCAGGUGAUCACUCCUACAGGGUCUGUAUAUACAGGUGUGGAUUUCUGUAAGAGAUUAUGUGGAGUCUCUAUUAUUCGGAGUGGUGAGAGUAUGGAGAAUGCUUUGCGAGCAUGUUGCAAAGGUAUCAAGAUUGGCAAGAUUCUUAUUCAUAGGGAAGGUGACAAUGGUCAACAGCUUAUCUAUGAAAAAUUACCACAAGACAUCUCCAAAAGACAUGUGCUACUACUGGAUCCUAUUCUAGGCACAGGCAAUUCAGCUGUCCAAGCUAUUUCAUUGCUUAUAAAAAAGGGUGUACCAGAGUCCAACAUCAUAUUUCUCAAUCUCAUAUCUGCACCCCAAGGUGUACAUAUGGUCUGCAAAAGCUUCCCAAGACUAAAGAUCGUGACAUCCGAGAUUGAUAUUGGUUUAAACAAAGAUUUCUGUGUUAUCCCCGGAAUGGGUGAGUUUGGAGACCGAUAUUUCGGAACAGAUGAUGAUGAUGACCAGAAAGUGGUGGCCUCUAUGCAACAGUCAUGUUGAGCUUCACAUUUAUCAGUUUUGAAACAAUUUUGACUUCAUUAGACCAAAGAGUUGCCAUUGUUGAAUUCAUUUUCUUUUUCUUUCUUGAAUCGUUUUGAGUCACACUAGGGGGUGCCAUUUACAUUUAUUUAUAUAUAUAUCAUUUGAUGAUAAUACAUGAAAAAGGGUCAAAUUUGUUAGGAUCAUAGUCAACCCCCUCACACACACAGAAAACAACUUUAUGAAUGAUUAGCAUCAUAUGUGUAUUUACAAAACCCAGUUGUUUUUUUUUUAAUAAAAAAAUUGAGAUUUCAUUAUA